AUGAGGACGCGGCCAGAGCAAAUCCUGAUCUAUGAGUUUGUUCCAAAUGGCGACCUUGAAAAAAGCGCCCCUCGCCUCACCUUGAAGCCUCACCUUGAAGCAGGAGCUGGAUAUCCUCAUCGGUGCUGCACGUGGCUUGGCAUACCUCCACAGUUUUGGCCUUGUGCACCGCGACAUCAAGCCCGCCAACAUCCUUCUCGGGGCCAACAUGCAGGCCAAGAUUGCAGACUUCGGACUAGUGAGGGCGGAGGAGGGCAGCACAGUGGGCACGACUCGAGUGAUGGGAACACCGGGCUAUGUGGAUCCCAUCUACUUUCACACAUCAAAGGCGACCAGCGCCACCGACGUCUAUGGGACCUGAGCAUGGACGCCCCGGAUGAUGCUGUGCUGCGCCUGGCCAAGCUGGCUCUCAGUUGCACUAAGGAGCGCAGUGCAGAUCGGCCAAGCAUGGCAAGCAUUGCCAACGAGCUGCUUGCUAUCAGGAAUGAGGUGAUGGGAAUAGAGGAGCUGGGUGCAGCAAUUAAGGUGGACAUGCAAGCCCAGAAGAUGGAAUUUGCAAUUUCUAGUGAAAAGGGCAUGGACGCUUGGCCUCCUGCUUGGAAGUUCUUAUCAAAAGCGGCCAGCCGCUGGAGAAAGUUUUUAGGCGGUAGGAGCUACUGA